GAGAGUCGCGCUGCGAGGGAGCGUUCCCGCUGGGUGAGUGGAUUUGCCUUCCCCAGGUCUCCGCGGCGGAUUCCAGAAAGCUUGGAAACUUUUGCCAGGACUAGGGGCUCAAAGGGAGUGGCAGGUCCCAGCUUGCCUGGGGAGGAGACAAGGCGACUGGGUGUCCGUCGGAGCGGAGGGGGGGAUCACCAUGCGCCUUGCCCACGCGUCCUUGGCCCACUGCCUGCUGCUGCUGUUGGGACCCUGCUGGGCCCAGUUCCAUGGAGAGAAGGGCAUUUCCAUCCCCGACCAUGGCUUCUGCCAACCUAUCUCCAUCCCACUGUGCACUGACAUUGCCUACAACCAGACCAUCAUGCCCAACUUGCUGGGGCACACCAGCCAGGAAGACGCUGGCUUGGAGGUCCACCAGUUCUACCCCUUGGUGAAGGUCCAGUGCUCCCCAGAACUCAAGUUCUUCUUGUGUUCCAUGUACGCGCCAGUGUGCACCGUCCUGGAGCAGGCCAUCCCGCCAUGCCGCUCCAUCUGCGAGCGGGCACGCCAGGGCUGCGAAGCCCUCAUGAACAAGUUUGGCUUCCAGUGGCCGGAACGACUGCGCUGUGAGAACUUUCCCCGCCAUGGGGCAGAGCAGAUUUGCGUGGGGCAGAACCAUUCGGAGGAAGGGGGCUCCCCAGCACUGAUCACAAGCGCGACUCCCAUUGCUGGGCAGGGCACUGCAGGCCCCCCACGCUAUGCCACCCUUGAUCGCCCCUUCCACUGCCCACGAGUCCUCAAAGUGCCCAACUACCUCAACUACAAGUUCCUUGGAGAGAAGGACUGUGCUGCACCCUGCGAACCCGCCAAGGGUGAUGGACACAUGUUUUUCAAUCAGGAAGAGAUCCGUUUUGCUCGAAUCUGGAUCCUUAUCUGGUCUGUUUUGUGCUGUGCCUCCACUUUCUUCACUGUCACCACCUACCUGGUUGAUAUGCAGCGCUUCCGCUACCCAGAACGGCCCAUCAUCUUCCUCUCAGGCUGCUACACAAUGGUAUCUGUGGCCUACAUUGCAGGAUUUGUGCUGGAGGAGCGUGUGGUGUGCAAUGAGCGCUUCCAAGAUGACGGCUACCGGACAGUGGUACAGGGCACCAAAAAGGAAGGCUGCACCAUACUUUUCAUGAUGCUCUACUUCUUCAGCAUGGCCAGUUCCAUCUGGUGGGUAAUCCUGUCUCUCACGUGGUUCCUUGCUGCUGGCAUGAAGUGGGGCCACGAAGCCAUAGAGGCUAACUCACAGUAUUUCCAUUUGGCAGCAUGGGCUGUGCCAGCGGUCAAGACCAUCACCAUAUUGGCUAUGGGGCAGAUUGAUGGUGACCUUCUGAGUGGUGUCUGCUUUGUGGGGCUCAACAAUAUAGAUCCACUUCGGGGCUUUGUUUUGGCUCCGCUCUUUGUCUACCUCUUUAUUGGCACUUCCUUUCUACUGGCAGGCUUUGUAUCACUUUUUCGUAUCCGGACCAUCAUGAAACAUGGUGGCACCAAGACGGAGAAGCUGGAGCGCCUCAUGGUGCGCAUUGGAGUCUUCAGUGUCCUCUACACAGUGCCAGCAACCAUUGUUAUUGCCUGCUACUUCUAUGAGCAGGCCUUUCGUGAGCACUGGGAACGGAGCUGGAUUAGCCAAAACUGCAAGAGUCUGGCCAUUCCCUGCCCACUUCAGUACACGCCACGUAUGACCCCUGACUUCACUGUCUACAUGAUCAAGUAUCUCAUGACUCUCAUUGUGGGCAUCACCUCAGGCUUCUGGAUCUGGUCAGGAAAAACACUUCAUUCCUGGAGAAAAUUCUAUACAAGGCUAACUAACAGCAAACAUGGGGAGACUACAGUCUGAAAAGGGAUGACAGAGGUAGUGAGGAGCCCAGGUUGCCAGCUGAAAUGUUUCAAACAAGCAAGCAAACAACAAAUCAAAUGUGCCCCCCUCCAGGAGCUGUGUGCAUGUGGGAGGCGUUCUUUGGGGAAACUCUGGAAUUUGCGGGGUGGAGGUUGCGUUCUGCCGAACUGGGACCUCCCCUGGCAAUUUGAGAGAAACAGGCACAGAAGGAAAAGAACGAGGGAGAGAAACUGAAGUAUUUAAAACUGUCUCCUUUAAUUAAAACAAAAGUGAAGCUUUUUUUAUUUAGGUUUUUAUUAACUAUUAAAGGGUGUCAUUUUUGUAAUUAAAAUUGUAAAUAGCACUUGUAAAUUGAAUUAUAUAUUUCUAUUUAAAAGAGAGACUGAGAACACCAGCAGCAAUUGAGAAACAGAGAGAGAGAGAGAGAGAGCGAGAGAGAGCGAGAGCGAGAGAGAGUCCGAAAAAAAGAAAGCUUUUUCCUUUGGGUACUAUUUUCCCCCUUUGAUUCUGCCAUAGCCUCCCCUCUCUACGGAGCCAUGAGGACUGCAUGCUGUUUGGCUUGGCCCUUAGCAGGACAUUUUUUGCUUAAACUUUUCGUAAGAGCCAGGUUUGGAAUUGCUUCCCCUACCCCCACAAAACACAUAUCCCACCAACACCCCAUUGGAGACUAUAGUUCUUGGUAUGGUUCCAGGAAGACUUCUUCCAUCUCUCUCAUUUUUUUCCUCUCUAUGUUGGAAGGUUUACAAGUAAUUCUCUGUAUCUAUGAAAAUGAAUUUUGGGUGGGGAAUGUGAGCCUUCUCCCCUUUGCUGAAAGUUGGGCCCUGGCUUUGAAGAUCUCCUUAUGGUUAUUCCUGCUAAAGAAUUGUUACUUCCAAGAAAGGGUUUUCUUGCCUUAAUCUGCAGAGUUCUCUUUCUGUUGCAUUUGUAGAUUUCUAUUUUUCCUAGUCGUUUUGUAUAAAAGGUGUCUUUUUAAAACUACAUUUCUUUUAUUAAACAGCCUUGUUCUCUGCAAAUUCAGUUUGCGUUUUUUCAAAAACAGCAACAGCUUUCAAAGACGUCUAUUUAUGAGAUGUCCUUCACUCAAAACCUAUAUACUGUUAGAAUUUUGUGAUGCAUACUUACAGAAUUUCAGUUUAUCAAAAAUAAGGAUGUAUUUUUUCUUAAAGAAAGGGGCUGUUUAAAAAGAACAUUCAGAUGGACUUGGCAUUUUAGAGAAUGUAAGGAUAAUUAUUUUUCCCUGGACUUAGAAA